CCCGAGUGAUCUGCGUGCCCUACUAUUCCUGAUCCUUUUUUCCAGUUCCAUUCCUCAGCCUGCAAACACAGGUCAAACACCGUAGGCCACUCACGCCACCAACAACGACAACGAUAACAAUUACACCAGCAGUGCCAGGUUCAGUUGAUACAGCGUCUCGAGCCCGAGCCGUUUAGACCGUUGUUUACAUCCAUUUUCGUUGCCAUCUAUUUGUUAUGGCGGGCUCAAGUCAACAGAUGGCGUCGACCGGGUCGUCGCCGACUAUGGAUCCCCUCGACCUCUUAGAUUUGGCCGACUACGAUGGGAUCUCAUACCAGUCGCCAUCAAUAUCGCCCUCUGCUACAAACAAAAUGCAAUAUGCGCGACCUACGCCUACUUUGACAACGACGCCCGCAACUAUGCCUACGAAUCAGAUGCUCUCUGGCCCGAGCCAUCAAUACGACCAGUAUAAACAACAAACACCCUUUGUCCCUGGUGCUUUGGCUAAUACCCUGGCUAUUAAUGAGGGCACCGUUCAUAUUCCAGGGUACAACAUGGAGUAUCUUAGCCCUGGUGAGGAGGUGUUUGAUUUCAAUUCUCCUCAGAACUCGAUGACCUCAAAUACCAUGGAUCUCGAUUUCGACUCUACCACAGCCGACUACUUAUACGGGGCAACGCCUAAUAUCAACCCUCAUACACUUACUGCUACGUCUCCUACGGUUUCUAGCCAAACCAGCAAUAUUGGGAGAAUGUAUCCCGGUUAUCACCAGCGUGCCGCUCUAGCCAAGGCUCAGCAGCAGCAACAGCAACAGCAGGAGAUGAUUCAGCGUCAAAUGAAUCAGCCCCGCAAAAUACAGCAGAACAAACCGUCUCGAUCAAAGACUGCCGAGCCAACGGAUCCCAUUAUUCAACAAAAGAUCAGCCAAGUGUUGAGCUCAAUGAGGACAAAAGCAAAUACAACCGAGACUGAGGAUAAUUCUCCUCUAGUUCAAAUUCCUCGACAAAAGAAAGAGGACGAGGACAUGGAUGACGACGAACGUUUGCUUGCGAGUGAGGAAGGCAAGAAGCUCAGCAGCAAGGAACGACGUCAGCUUCGAAACAAAGUAUCCGCUCGUGCAUUUCGCUCGAGAAGAAAAGAAUACAUCACUCAACUGGAAAAUGAAAUUGCCAGCAAAGUUUCAGAAAACAAUGAUCUGCGCGCCGAGAACCAGGCUUUUAAGGAAGAGAACCAGCGCUACCAGGGUCUUGUCCAGAUGCUUCUAUCAUCGACACAUUUCUCAUCUUUCCUUAACGAGCUCAGCUUGAAUCCCGCUGCCAUUCCUCAGUCAAAACCUCAAGUAGAGCAGAGGCAAGUAAAAUCUGAGCCGAAUCAAGUAUCGAAGGACCCCAACCCCUACAAUGCUAUGAACAUGGGGCAGCAACAACAAAUCGGCAUGGUCAUGAUUCCGGAACAAAACAUGGACUUGUCCAUGCUGAACAUAAAUGCCAAUGGCUUUGUUUAUCAACAACCCCACGUCUACGCUGUUCUUGAGACCCCAGAGCUUCCCGAAAUUGACACUGGUGCUCUCAUGGGCAAGUCAUCAAACUUUGUCGGCGAGUCUACGGUGUCAGAUGGUGAUAAGACCGAAGUCGGGCCUAUCGAGGCACCUAUCCCUUCCGUACUCGAGAAGCCGCAAGCCGAGGCAGAGUCUAUUCCUGUUGAGAAAAGGGUGGCAAACCUUGACGGAGACAUAUUCGACGAUGAUGAUCAGUGUGUAUCAUCAACAAGCCCUCUUGAGCUUGAUACCGAUGGACUAUCGGCUGUUGAUAUCUUCGGUGGUAUUGAGCCCGAGAAGGCCUUUGCCCGCUAUGACCUGGUUGAUUCUACAGAAGAAGACAUCGUAGCUACUAGGGCUGUGAGACGCGUCGAACGGCUUGCGGCUAAUCUAGCAGCUACUAUAUCCCGAUUGGAACGACUUGAUGUUAAUUCGUAAUUCAGCUUGAUUACGAUAUCUACUUAUCUUCACGUCUCUUAUCACGGUACAAGGCUACAGUUUGGCGUUCAGGCUUAUGGGGGAGGCAAAGCUGGUUUCUGGGCAGACGGUUUCACGCAUUUGGGCGCUUUAUAUAUAGUAUAUGCAAGGUAGUGACCUGGUUACUUGGAUAAGGGUGGGUGUAACAGCAGGGCUUCUGGGCCAAGGAGCGCUGUGCCACUAUAAGAAUGUCUGUAUAAAAGGGUUGGCAAGAGUAUUUACAGCGUUACUGAGCAUAGAUGCAAUUCCGCUACGAUAUAUAUAUUUGGACUUGGUCUUGCGAAUUCUGCCACUCUAGUUUUAUGGUUUGCGGGCAUGUGCUGUGAGGUGUCCGGUGCUAUUAAGCCAUGUUAAUAAACCACCAUGCCCCUUGAAGUUUUUUCUUAAGACGCAUGAUCCGAUUUGACAGGAUUUAGCUGCAAGGAGAGGUAUGCUUUGCAUUUCAAGCAACUACGGUGGAAAUAUUCUAGGCCUGUAACCAAUCUCCUAGGAUUGCGUUUCUUUUCUUUUCUUUUAUUCGUUCCUCGUCGUUUUCGAAGUGCGCGGAGGAUAUUCCAUGCGGCUCUUGAGAUGUCUUUAGGUAGAUGAUUCGGGCGGCAGUGUACACUUACUGUUUAGCGUCGAGAACAUCAUAGCUCGAGGUCUAUCUAAGCACCUCGCAAA